AUGUUAUUGUUGUGUAAACAUAUUAUCAUAAUUUUAGUUUCUACUGUUCAUUUUAUUGAUAAAAAAGCACUUGAUACGGAUUUAUGUAUAGAAACUGGAAGAAAUUAUUCACAAAAUGAAUUAAUAAAAACACCAAAAAAUGGUUUUGUUCGUCUUCGAUGGAAUCCAACAGAAAAAACAUUAAAGUCAAAACUCUGUUCAAAUGAUCAAAAUAAUCAACGUUGUAUAAAGGGCUAUAAACUAAAGGAAAAUAUGAGAAACUUCAUUGAAUUAAAUUUAGAAAUAUUUAAUACUCAACGAGGUGAAACAAAUCCAAUUCAAGUAACACCUGAAGGAGAAGAUGUGAAUGCAAAAUUUAGUCCAUUUUUUAACCUACAACCAACUUCACAAUCAUUUAAUAAUACACUAACAGAUGUUUUAAAUAUUCAACCACAACAACAACAAAAUAGUGAACGAUUAUUAUUGUAUAAAAAACAUUUUCUGAUUUACUAUCAGAUAAUAAGUGAUCCAAGAUUUUUGAAUAUUUCUAAAAAAUUGUAA